CAAGGUUCCAAGUGACCAACGUUUCAAUGUAAAAUUGAAAAAUUCCUCGUUUUAUCAUUGAAAACCUUAGAAAAAUCCCAUUUAUUUAAAAAAAAUCGGUCAUCAAAAUUAAUAUUUAUUAUACGAUUUUCAUAUUAUUGUUUUUUAAUAAUAAUAUCGCCUUAAAUUUCUCUCGGCACGCGUGGUGUUCCAUGCCAACAUGAUGAGCAGCAUCCAUGUUUGAUUUCUGCUUUGUUUAGGUUGAGGCGAUAAUAUUUUUAAUAUAAGCAUAAUUUUCCCGGCCAAAAACAGUUUUCCAAAGAACGGCCGCACACAUGAAGAUGAAACUCGUCGAUCAAGUAGUGCGGAGUUUCCGCGUAGCGAAAGUAUUCCGCGAAAAUACAGACAAAAUAAACAGUAUCGAUUUCUCGCCGAACGGCGAGACGUUAAUUUCGUGCAGCGAAGAUGACCAAAUCGUGAUAUACGAUUGCGAAAAGGGGACGCAAGUAAGGACUGUAAACAGCAAGAAGUACGGCGUGGAUUUGAUUCAUUUCACCCACGCAAAAAACACUGCCGUCCACAGUUCCACCAAAGUCGAUGAUACAAUAAGAUAUCUAUCGUUGCACGAUAAUAAGUAUAUUAGAUAUUUUCCGGGACACACUAAGAAAGUGGUAUCGCUCUGCUUAUCUCCCGUUGAAGACACAUUUCUGUCAGGUUCUGUAGAUAAAACGCUUAGACUGUGGGAUCUGAGAUCUCCGAAUUGUCAAGGGUUAAUGCAUUUAUCUGGUAGGCCCGUAGCAGCUUACGAUCCAGAAGGACUCAUUUUUGCCGCCGGUGUUAAUUCAGAAAGCAUAAAAUUAUACGAUUUAAGGUCAUUUGAUAAGGGACCUUUUGUAACAUUCAAAUUAACACAAGAAAAGGAAUGUGAUUGGACAGGAUUAAAAUUUUCGAGAGACGGCAAGACAAUUCUUAUCAGCACUAAUGGCUCUAUAAUUAGACUGAUUGAUGCUUUUCACGGUACUCCUUUGCAGACAUUUACAGGACAUCUUAAUAAUAAGGGUAUUCCCAUUGAAGCUUCCUUCAGUCCUGACUCACAGUUUAUUUUUAGCGGGUCUACAGAUGGUAGAGUGCAUGUUUGGAAUGCAGAUACAGGGUAUAAGGUGUGUGUUUUAAAUGCUGAUCAUCCAGGUCCAGUUCAGUGCGUUCAAUUCAACCCCAAAUACAUGAUGUUGGCUUCUGCUUGUACAAACAUGGCCUUUUGGCUACCAGCAAUGGAGGACACAUAAAAGGCUGUGUAUGGUGUUGUCCGGGAUUUAAAACGUUAAUUUUUCUUCAAGUGAGAUUAGAUUUUAGAACCAUUUAUUUCAGGCGUCAAGAACUCAACGUUUUUCAGUUAGAAGAAAUUAAGGAGACUUAAAUACUUAAAAUUAUAAAGUAUAAAUAAAGUCAAAUAAAAAAAAAAUACAAAGAAAAUCAGAUGAAAGCGAGCUUAAAACCCAAUUAUCUCAUAUAUUUCUGUUAAUUCUGUUUCUGUAAAUAGUUCUGGAUUUUACAAUUAUUAUUGUAGGUUUUUUUACUUCUAUAAUUUGUAUGAUUUAAAUAUCAUUAAAUUAUUUUUCUAUAGUUUUGUAUUUAUUUUUUUUAAUUAAAAAUUAAGGUUAAAGACUUUUGUUAUGUUUAUUUUUUGUUGAAAAUUUGCAGAAAUAAUUUUUUUUAGUAAUACUGAUAAAAGUGUUAAAAUAAUUGUUUCUUACAAUACGUCUUUUGUACAAAUGGCUAGAAUGUCAAUGUUGCAACCAACUAUUAAAAGCCAGCGUACAAUAAUCUAAGAAGACUAUCUCAUAUAGGCGAAAUAUAUUCCAAAUUCAAAACUGGUUAUCAAAUGUCAUGUAUGUCAAAAAUUGCGGGAAAUAUCACCAAUUUUGUAGUGUUUUAUUUGACAACUCAUGGUAAUGGUCCGCCUUGUAUGUUGUUUGGAUAAUAGUGAUAAAUGUGAUAUGUUCUAGAAUUAAAAGUCAAUAUAAUUGUUAAAUAAAUCCUAUAAAUUAAAAGUAUAUACUUUAUUUUGUGUUGUUUGUUAAAAUUAGGUAAGUUCCCAUAAUAAAAACAUUUAAAUGUAUGUCAUAAUAUUGUCACAAGUGUAUCCUGUUUAUAAUUUUUUAUUGUAAUUUUAUUUACUAGCUCUGUAAAGAGAUUUUAUAAAUCUGUUGAAUAACAAAGACUAUUAUAAUUGAAGAAAAAUAUGUACCUACUAAAAGUUGGUAAAAACCAAAUUUUUUAAUUAACCCUUAAAAACAAUAUCGAUUAAAGAUUUCUUUUAACAUUAAACACUCAUUUAAAUUUAUUAUGAAAUUGAUUCUAAGUAUUGCCAAUAGAGUGACCACAACAUGUCAAGCAGUUGGUGCAUUAAAUAAUGUCUAGAACUGGAGAACAUUCUAACCGAUUGACAUUUUGUACAUUUACGAUAAGAUUGAUGAAUAAACUUAUGUUUUUAAAUGAAUAUUAAUACUUCUAAUAUUGUUAUUUAUGGGAAUUUAGAUAUCAGUAUUUAAUUUUUGUAUAGAAUAAAAGCAAUUUGUCUCCAUAAUAAUUAUUCCAGACUGAUAAUCCAUGUGAACACAGUCGAUGUGUUUUUAAGAAUUGUGUUUUGCAUCAUGAUUAUUAAAUU